GCAGGCGCGUACGCACGCCUGAAUAAGAUGGCGUCGGAUUAAUUCCAAGUUUGAAUUAAAUUUCGAAUUACAUAGUGUUUGAAUAUGCGUUAAAUACUUCAAAGAAUCGCUUUGGCUGCGUAAAGAAACUAUAGCGAUAAUAGCGUGCGCCUGACGCCGACUCUUAUCGGUCUCGUUUCCAGGACAUUGAUUUUUGCUCAGUGCUACACAAGUCAUACAUGUUUAUAACAUCGUAUUACAGUUAUGACUUUGUAUUUUAUGUGCUUGAAGAAUUAGGAGAUUUAUGGAUUUUAAUCUCAUCAAAAUGGCACCAAGGAAGCAACAGUGAGACAACACAACAAAACGCAGCCUAGAAGGCUCAUUCCCGGUAAGGUUCGAGCGCGGAUCCCUCGCGGUCGACCUUACUAAACAGGUGAGGCGGCGACGCCACACAGAACAUGCUACUAAGAUUGCCGUGCCCCUUUACGCAGACGUCGCUCGCAAGUCUACGACAAGCGCCCGCAUCCGGCCACUCCGCCGGGCCGGCCUGGUGGACCAUGAUGAACGGGGUCGGCGGCGCGCUGUACGAGGAACCGCACGCGUCGCCCCCCGGAGGCUCGCCCCCGGCCGCGCCAGCCGCCGCGCCCCCCUCCGCCUCCAGCGCCUCGCCGGCCUCCGUGGGCUCCAAUCCUCCGCAACCGCCCCUGCACAUUCCGGCCAAGCGGUACGAGCCCGAGCCCGGGGUCAUACGGCACGCGCAGCAGCCCUGGGGUUACCCGCCGGACGCUCCGGCCUCCUUCGAGCAAUAUCCCACCGGACCUACGUAUUACAACCUGCCCGUGGAAAGGGAGCGGAAGUCUACGCUGCCUUUCUGGCCAACGAGUAGCGGGGAAUAUAAGCCGUAUGCUGACGGUGCUUGCCACCAGGGCUUCUCGCAACCCUGUUGGAACUACCCGUAUGGGGCGCCGAGGAGCGAUCAACCCCUACCCUAUGUCAGUGGAGACGAGCGCCGGACGGCCGUCUCCGAGCCCUCCAGCUUCUCCCACGACGCGUACGGCCUCCGGAACUACGCACCUGAGUCCGUCUCUAGCGCGCCGUACCCGCCACCAGGAUCCCUGCCAGGUUCCCUGUCUAUGUCUGUGGGAGUUGGAGUCGGCUGCGGAUCAUCAAAUCCCCUCGAUUGGACAGGUCAAGUGACGGUUCGCAAAAAACGCAAACCUUAUUCAAAAUUCCAAACCCUCGAACUAGAGAAAGAGUUCCUUUUUAAUGCUUACGUGUCGAAACAGAAGAGGUGGGAGCUGGCAAGGAAUUUAAACCUAACGGAGAGACAAGUGAAGAUAUGGUUUCAGAAUAGAAGGAUGAAAAAUAAGAAGAAUUCGCAGCGGCAAGCGGCCCAGGCCGCGCAGAACAACAACAAUAACUCGAAUGCGAAUAACCACAACCACCACGGGGGUCACCACCACGCGCCGCACCACGUGGCUCUUCACCAUGCGGCGCCCACCAAACACCAUCAGUGACCCGCGCCCUUCUCUGGGACUUACCCCCUUCACCACGGUAUAGCCAGCUAAAUCUGAGAACCGGGAAGGAAAAGUUCCAUAGGACUAAAGUGUGAAAGUGGUCGUAGCUCGAAAGUUUCAAGGAUUUGUUUACGUCCAUUGAAUGUUACCCGAUAGACUCUACGGACGCUGUACUCGCUAUGCCGUUCUUAUAACGUAAAGUGGACAUUUCGCCGUCAGGCGCGCCGAGUCCCAGAGAAUCUCCUAGUAAGAUAAUCAUGUGUUGUCGAUUUGUGUAUAGUAUUAAUUACGAAAUUAUGUUCUGUAAUUUUAACGAGACUAAGGUACAUGAGUAGAUAACGAUUCCUGAUAUUAAUAAUGUCUAGUUUAACGCUGACUUAUGUAUUUGAAAACUUAUUUAAGUACGAAUUACGAUUAUUAAAGACGUCACCGAUGGAUUAUAGUUUCUAGAUAGUUUAUUGAAAAUUUUGUAAAAUAUUUUGUGAGACUGCUUAUUGUUGUAUUCGUAACGCUGUUCAGAGGGUGAUUAGUCAUAAUCAGUUAACUUUUAAUUUCGUUACCAAAUUGUUGAUCUUCUCGGGUUGCUUUGGUGGCAGUUAUACAACUAUUCACGUGUAUGUUAUGAUGCAUGAAUUAGUACAUAGCGGCGGCUGUUGGCUGCCAAGUAAGUAGCUAUUGCUACCAUCGACGCAUCGACAAUGUCUACGAUGUAUUACAGCAUAAGCAGAUAGUAACCACAUUAUGAUCAAAUAUUUAUUACUGUUUAAUUUCUUAUCGCAUUAUUCGUAAAUUUUGUUAUUUAAAUUAUGGAUUUCUGAAAAAGCUUUAACUCGGUUCCAGUAGAAUUAUUCAUUAAGUUACUGUUAUGACAUUUUUAAAUAUUGAAGUUGAUGUUAUAAUCAAUUAAUUAAGUAAUAUGGGCAAGUGCAUUAAUAUUGUCCCCUAUUGGUUCGUGUACUGUUCGCUUUAGCCUCUCUUAUUACUUUUUAUUUUUGUUUUAGUUAAAUAUUUUAUUAUUUAUUUAUACAUCACAAUAUAUAAAUCGUCUACAUCGAACGAGUUGUUUACGUUAGGUACAAAGUGUACAAAAAAUUACUUUAUUUUUUACAUUAUUAACUUAACGGUAUAAAGUCAUCCCAGUUUAGGAUAUCAUCUAAGUAUUUAGCUACCUACAAUCUUCCCUAUUUUAUCGUAUAAUAUCUAUAUAAUAAAUGUUUUAUUGUAAACUUAGUAGUUUACUCAGAUCUAAUUCAUUAAAUCUGUAUUGUCCCGUAAUUAUAUAGAAUAAUUAGAUGUUUUUGUACAAAAUGGCGACCUCGUCUAGGAAACCGAAUUUCCCUUUGCAAUGCUUGAGGAAAUAAACUUAGACGAACCGACUCGUUUCUAAGCUCAGAAUUGUGUCAUAAUAUUAAUCUAUCAUUGUCUUAAUAAACAGACAAGAUUUUGUUAUUUCCCCUUUAUCUGAAAAGCAAGUAUUAUGAGGUUAUUUGCUAUUUUGAGCUAAUAAAACAUAUUAAUAUCUUUAAAUUGGCCAAGUACUUAUUUAAAAGAGCAUUCUGUACCGAAGAACUUGCUUCUCAGAUGACGUAGGUAUCCUCCAGUUAAAUAGCUUCUCUGUAUAUUCAACAUUUCAGUAGAUUUACACCUAGAACCAUACUUACCUAAACUAUGUAAUAAUUAAAGGUCUCGUAAUUCUUAUUGUACAGAUAAAUUAAUGUAGUUAAUCACGCCAGAAAAUGUGAAGUUUUGUUAAGUAUAAUGUAUAAUUAAAAAUGAAUGUGCUCUCGACAGUUUGAUGACGAAUUUAGAAAAGAAUGUAUGAAAGGAGAAAAAAUUAAAUACU